AUGGCUUCUCAGACGAUGAGCAAGGCCUACCGGGUCUAUCAUAAAUUAGACACACCGUAUAGUGUAUUACUAGAAACAGAAAUAUCGACGACACCUUAAUGUUCGAAUCAAAUGCUGUGGCUGUGCUGUCUGCUGCAGAAACUGACACUAUUAGAAGACAGUAUGGGAAAGUUGUAGAUGCCUAUGGAUGUUUAGGAGUAAUGAGCCUUGCAGCAGGUGAUGAGAUGAUCCAGUACCUGGUCGUUGUCACUGGCUGUUUGUCUGUGGGUAGGAUAGGAGAGUCAGAAGUGUUCCGUAUCAUGACCACACAGUUUAUAUCCCUGAGAAAUCACCCCAGUGAUGAUGAUAAAAUUGUGGAGGUCAGAAAACUGCUGAACUCGGGAACAUUUUACUUCUCCUGGUCACCUACAUCCGUCUCUUGGGAUUUGAGUCUGUGCGCACAGAGAGCUCUCCAAGAUCAUGACACUGACAACAGAUUCUUUUGGAAUCGAAUGUUACAUGUCCAUCUACAAAGGUUUGGUGUGGAUUGUUCUACCUGGUUACUGAAGGUAAUGUGUGGAGGGAUAGAGAUCAGAACAAUAUAUGCUGCGCACAGACAAGCCAAGGCCUGCCUCAUUUCCAGGCUCAGUUGUGAGAGGGCUGGUACCAGGUUUAAUGUUAGAGGAACCAAUGAUGAUGGCCAUGUAGCUAACUUUGUAGAAACAGAACAAGUACUUUUCCUGGAUGACCAGAUCUCUUCCUUUAUCCAAACCAGGGGUUCUGUGCCAUUGUUUUGGGAGCAGCCAGGAAUACAAGUGGGGUCACACAAGGUGAAAAUGUCACGAGGGUACGAGGCCUCAGCCCCAGCCUAUGACCGUCACCUGAACAUGGUGAAGCAGCAGUAUGGGGAGCAGGUGUUGGUCAACCUGCUGGGCUGUAAGGAGGGAGAACACAUGCUCAGCAUGGCAUUCCAGAAUCAUCACAAGGCCUCAGCACACAGUCUCACUGUUCCCAAUAUGGUGUUUGAUUAUCACACGGAAUGUCGUGGUGGCAAUCAGAAAAAUUUACUUAAACUUAAACAAAAGUUGAUGAAAUAUAUUGAUAGCUUUGGCUUUUUCUCCUGUACUGGAUCAAACAUACAGAACAACCAAACUGGCACAAUUAGGACGAAUUGUCUGGAUUGCUUGGACAGAACCAAUGCUGUCCAGUCUCUGAUAGGCUUAGAGAUCUUAGGUCGUCAGCUGGAAAGCUUGGGCCUCGCCAGCAAACCUCAGAUGAUCUCCCGUUUCCAGGAAGUCUACAAACAGAUCUGGUCCCUGAAUGGAGAUCAUGUCAGCCGUAUUUACGCUGGUACAGGUGCACUGGGAGGUGGAAGGUCAAAGUACUCUGAUGCCACUCGCUCUGCUACAAGAACAAUUCAGAACAAUUUCCUGGAUGGCAGUAAGCAGGAGGCCAUUGACAUGUUACUGGCCGGCAGCACACUGAGAGGGGAAUUAGCUGACAAGGCACGAGCUCUGCUAACCACACGUAGUCUACAUGCUCCUGCCAGUAUCCUGUGGAGGAUGAUAGAGCGGCACAAGGAGUACACCAGACCUGAGGCAGUGAGGAUCUGCGUGGGCACCUGGAAUGUGAACGGAGGCAAACACUUCCGUAGCAUUGCCUACAAGCACCAGUCCAUGUCUGACUGGCUUUUAGAUGCUGGCAAGAUAAGCUUUGAGAGCAAAACAGGUUUUGUGGCAGAAGGGGCUGAUUUUGACAAACCAGUGGACAUAUUUGCUGUGGGGUUUGAGGAAAUUGUUGAUCUCAAUGCCAGCAAUAUAGUCAGUGCAAGUACGACCAAUGCACGGGAAUGGCAGAAAGAGGUACAGAAGACUAUAUCACGUGACCACAAAUAUGUGAUAUUGACCUCAGCUCAACUGGUGGGGGUGUUUCUCUGUGUGUUCAUCAGGCCACACCUGGCCCCCUUCAUCAGAGAUGUUGCUGUGGAUAUUGUGAAGACUGGAUUAGGCGGGGCUAUGGGUAAUAAAGGGGGCGUGGCAAUAAGGUUCCUGAUCCAUAGCACAUCGGUUGUCUUUGUCUGUGCUCACCUGGCCGCUGGACAGUCAGGUGUUAACGAUCGGAACAGUAACUACUCCGAGAUCACCCGGAGGGUCACCUUCCCAAAUGGUCGUAAUUUACAUUCCCAUGACUAUGUGUUCUGGACGGGGGACUUCAACUACAGGAUAGACCUGAGUAAUGAGGAAGUGAAGUCCCUGAUAGACAGUGAGAACUGGUCUGCCCUCCAAGCCUGUGACCAGCUAAACGUCCAGAGGCACUUGGGCAAUGUGUUCCAAGGAUUCAAUGAGGGGAAGACAAAUUUUGCACCCACCUACAAGUAUGAUCAGUUUUGUGAUGACUAUGAUACCAGUGAAAAGUGCCGUGUGCCUGCGUGGACUGAUAGGGUGCUUUGGAGGAGGCGGCCAUUGAUACGGAAACAAGAUGCAGAAGAGGACCCUUCCUGGAAUCAGGGAAGACUUCUUUUGUACAACCGAUCUGAACUCAAGACUUCAGAUCACAGACCUGUUGUGGCACUCUUUGAUGUGGAUGCCUUAGUGGUAGAAGAUGACAAAAAAGACGAGGUAUAUCAGCAAGUGAUAGGAGACCAUGGUCCCCUGGAUGGCACAGUUGUGGUCUCGGCAGAAAACCUGGAGGAUUUUGAUGAUGAUCUGGUGGAUGAGGUUGUGUCCACAUUUGGAGAAAUAGGGGAGAUAACUCUUGUCAGGUUUGUGGGCACUGACAUGUGGCUUACCUUCAGAUCUGGCAAGGCUGCUCUACAAGCUGUCAAACAAAAUCGACUUGAGAUUAAUAGUAAAUCAGUACAGGUGAGGCUGAAGACCCCAGACUGGAAAAGUGAGAUAGAGAAGGAGAUGAAGCUCUGUGCCCUGAACACUGGCAAGCUGUAUAAUGAUGUGACCAACAGUCUCCUGGGUGAUGACUUCAGUGUGCCAUCCAUGGAGUAUGACCUUGGACAAGCAGGUGAUGAUGAUGAAGAAGUGGAGAGAACAGCUGCUGAUCUCAUCAUGUCAGGUGUAAAGACAUUCCCUGGUUCAGACUCACCCAGCUCCUCAGGUCGUAACACACCUGUCAUUUUGGAUGACUUGACCAACCCUGUGGGGGACGUCCCACCGCUGCGUCCUGGUAAACCCCCACCCCCAAGGCCAGCAGCAUCACCCAGCUUGAGGAGGAAAACUGACACCCCACAGGGGCUAACGCCUAUUGUGCCAAGCAUAGAGCCCAGGUUGAGAAGUUCUCCUUCACCAGAGCGCCCACGCAACCCCCCACAGAGGCCUUCGGCUCCCCCUGCCAAACCGCCGCCCCCUCAGCGCCCCCCAGGUGGGCCCCCCCGACCUGCAACAGGUAAAGCUGCCCCAGCUAAGCCUGGCCCCCCAAUGAGGCCCCCAAUGAGGCCGCAGAAUAUGCCAAAGAAGGCUGGCACUAGCCCACAGAAAAAGAUUCUGUCUAUAGGACUUCCCACAAAUGUGACUCACCAGGGGCAUGCAGGGAAUAUAUGUGAGGCUCAGAAGUUGAUUGAGCAGUUGAUGGGACAGGCAAGCGAUGACAGCCUCCCACAGCCUUUACAGCCUGGCCCACUCACAGGUGUGCCCACCUUUGGUCCUAAGCCUCUCCCCAGAAGCAAGACAAGUACAGAUGUGGCAGGUGAGGGAGUUGCUCCAGAUUCCUUGGAGGCUCCCAAAGCAGUUCCCAGAUUUAACAGUGUUCAGAACCUGUCGUCCACAGCCGAGAACGGUGUCGAUCAGUCCACAGAUGUGGCAAGACCUGUACCCACACCACGUAGGAACAUAGUCAGCACCAUAGAACCUGUGUGCAGCAGGCAGGUACCCCAGCCAGCAAGCCGACCUCAGAGCGUGUUUGUCAGAGGCACCCCGCCUCCUGUGCCAAGUGUGCCUCCUGUCUCAGGUCCUGCAUUUGGAAACAAUGUGCCUGUGUCGCGAGGACCACCACCCCCAGUUCCUGGUCACCCCCCAUCAAAGCCCCCCAACACCAGUGCCUCAGAUGCAGUGGUAACGUGUCACAAAUUCAUAUUUAUGGAUCCAAGAUAUGCCUUGCUGAAGUUAAAGUAGGUGUGGCGUCAACUCUUAAUCCUCCGCCAAGAAGACAAAUUACAGCUGUUGUAAACUACAAGUUAUUGCUCAUGUUAGGGUGCAUCUUGAUCCAAAUAUUUACCAUUCUAUAGGUCUCUCUCUGUCACCAAAACUGAUUUAGUUGGAGUAAAAAUGUGUAUCCCCGUCAUCAAAUACUAGUGGUGCCCUCUGCUUUCAACAGGUAAUAAAUAUAGGUACUGAUUGGAGGGGAGUGUUAAUGACUGCCUGUGUCUGAUAGUAGAAAGUACCCACAGUUACUAAGAGAUCACAUGUGCCAUGUCCCAUCACCGCUUUUGUUGACAAUGUUACAUCUAAUUUCAUUUGUUGUGAAAAGCAAUCGUGACACAAAAGGAUUGAACAUGUCAUCUAUGUGUGGGACAUCCAGAUAACUCAUUUGCAGCAGUAUUGGUUACGAUUGGUCAAAUGGACGGAUGUUCUUUAGCGACAGUUCAGAAAGGUCUACCUACGCAGGUGUUGUUUAGGGUAGGCCUACUUCUGUACCUAUUGUUUUUGUUCUGCAACCAAGGUCACAAGUUUGUCAGAUAACUAGACCUAGAGCUAAGUAUUGGUGCAUUUAAGUUGAAUCACUCUGUUUGACGGGCCACAAUUACAAUCUGUAUGGUUGCAUUUGCUGUUUGAUAAUUCUUGGUUUCAGAUGUCAUAUUUUAUAGGACUAUGCUGUCACAUUUUAUCACUGUAGAAUGAAAACAGUAUAUAAAGAGCUGCAAAGAUAAUGCUCAAACAUUGAUGGAGUGUUUUACUCUCCAGGAAGAGUUGUACAUGUCAAAGGAUUCUUAAACUUAACAAGGACAUUUAUUAUACAUUCCAAAUGUUUGCUCUAGUUUUAACAAUAGCACAAGAUUUAUAGAAAACUGCUUGUAGACAGCUGACUGCAUAUUUUAUACAUUACAUACUGAUAGUAUUAUACUGGUUAUAUCAGUACAUGUACAAAUAAAUCAGUGUUAAUUAUUUAAAGUGCUCCAAGGUCAUUGUGAACAAGUGAGUGGUGGAGAGACUGUCUGCAUGGUUAUUGACUAGAUAGUGAACUAUUCUAUGUUAGAGAUGGUUGUUAACUUAAUCCAUCAUUGAACAAUAAACCAGGCAAAUGACUAGUUUGUCUUAACAUGAA